AUGAACUUUUGCAAUGAACUCAACCAAUUUCAGUUGCAAGAAAGAACUCUCAACCACCCAAGAGAGUCAAAAGUUAGCCUACUAGAUAAGUUUGAUAAGACUUGCUCUAAGUUUAGAGGUUUCCUAAACCAAAUACAGCUUAUUAUCUGUUUACAACCCAGCCAAUACCCUAAUGAUAGGACUCAGAUUGAAUUGCUUGGCAGUUUACUUGUAGGCUCAGCAUUGGCAUGGUUUGCCCCACUUCUUGAAAAAGAAUUGUUGCUAUUGAAUGAUUUUAAUAAUUUUGUUGGAGAGUUCAAAGCUACCUUUGGGAACUCAGAAAAGGUUAGAACAGCAGCCAAUAGAAUCAAAAAACUUAUCCAAGAAUCCAAUUUAGCUUCAAGCUACACUUUAGAGUUUAGCAAAUCUUUAGUGACCUGGACUGGGGGUGGGCAGUUGGAUGGUACUUGUAAGUUAAGCCUCGAAAAAACUAACCCCUAUACUUUAAUGGAUACUUUUGUCAUACCUGCAUCAGUACAACUUCUAAACAAAUCCCUGCUGUUCAUUAAUGCAUUAAUAGACUUAGGUGCUUCUGCUUGCUUUCUUGACUAUAUACUAGUAUAUGAAUACAACCUACCUGUUAAAAAGAUGAAUACUCUACUAUCAGUAGAAGUGAUUGAUGAUUGGAAAAUAUCAUCUGAAGCAGUGAAAACAGCUACACUGACAUUUCCAAUAAAAUAUAAUAACUUCAAUGAUGUAUUUGAUAAAAAAGAGGCAAAUAGGUUACCAGAGCACAGGCCUUAUGACUGUGCGAUAGACCUAGCACCUGAAAAACAGCCCCUCAUGGAGACCUAUAUACGAAUUAUCAAAAUUAGAGUUGAAGAUGCUAAAGAAGUCUCAUAUAGGGGCUCUUAUAUUAUUUUCCCAACCCAAGCCUGUGACUUAAGCCCAACUCAAGCUUAUGACCCAAGCCCAGAACUCGAGCCUGAACCAAGACUGCAAUCCAAGCUUGAAACUCAGAUCUGUCACAAACCCAAGACUCUGUGUGCAUAA